AUGUCGUGGCAUGGAGCACUUGUGCGCUAUUGGAUGUAUGAUGAAGACAGUGGGGAGGCCGUGGAGACCAAGCACUACUUUGAUCAGAUCUGUAAUGGAGAUAAUAAGCAAGACAAGGAGGCGACUGCAGCGCUGGUCGAAGCGCUUCUGCUAUCGCUUCGCCGGGACGUGCCCCAUGUCACGCGCUUGACAUUUCAGUCCGAUAACGCGUCGAACUACCAAAAUGCGUAUUUGGGAUUGAUGCUUCCGAUUCUCGGAGAGGUUCAUGGAUAUUAUGUCAUGCGGUACGUGCACUCGGACACGCAGGACGGAAAAUCGAUGUUGGAUGCGCACUUUGCAACGGCUUCAAGGAAGGUGAAGUCUUGGGUCCGCCAGGAGCUAAUUGAGCAGGAUCGAGCGCAUGGAGCGGAGCUGUCUCAACAAGUGCGGCCGCUGGAGAAGUCGCUGUCAAAGAUUAUUGAUCGCGCAAAUGACAUUUUCUAUGAUUUUCCCUUGCCGCUGGCGCCAUUGGAGUCGGGUUUCGACUUGAAGAAAGUCCCUUCAUACAGAAUGAUGGCGUUGUUGAAGACGAUGGUGCUUCUGUUGUUGCUGCAAGUGCAGGACCUGGUCAUGGCAGAGCUGGCACUGUCGCUCACCAACGACAAAACCAAGAAAGCAAUGACAACAUUCAGCGGCGCUUACAUUUUGAUUGUGAUGAAGUGGUCGGCGAUUCACGAGUGUGCGAUGGUGUUCAGCGAGAUAGUGGGCAAAACGACUGUGAUGGAGAUGAAGAUGUCUCUGAUUUUGAAGUCGAAGACGAAUAUCUUUUGGAUGACGAUAGCGACCUAA